AUGCUGGAUUUUAUGGACUAUAUCCAGCUCGCCUUUGCUGAGGCGACCAACUGGAAUCAGGACAAUUCCUACUCAUCGCUCACGACCACUGCCCAGUCGAUACUGGACUUUUCGACCCCCGAGCGACUGCGCGUCCGUCUUUCGUCUCUCUCAACUCCCCACUUUGGCACCAGUUAUACUCUAGGUACCGUGGGCUUACUGGAUGGCUCCGUCUCAUACCUAUUUAGCACCGUCCCUUUCGACAAUACUCCUAGUCGGAGUUCCUUGAUCCCUCUUCGAAAGGUAUCCCCUGGUUAUCGACAGGUCCAGGCUCCCGUAGCUCCAUUGCACGCAUGGAAAUGGGACUCUCUUCUUGAUGGUGUUAGCAUUUCCGGACUCAAAGAUGGACCGCGCUCAGUACCUGAAGAUGCAGACCAAUCGGCGGAAGCGGCAGCGCAUCGUAAAGCAACCUUGAUGUAUGCUUCACUACAUCUUCCUUCGCCUACCACAUUAUAUGCGCUAUUCUUGCGAAGGAUAUCUCCGACCAUGCAGCUGUCACUUGCAGUCUGUUCAACGCAGGGGCAACCUCUAUCAAAGUCUGCGCCGCAAGCCUCGAUGUUGACUCAAUUGUCCCAUGACACUGGCAAAUACUGCAAUGAAUAUCUAUUUAGCACCGAUAAUGCUCUUUUCGGCUGGCGUGGCCUUUGGAACUUUGGCUCCCACCCUCGGUACACCCGCGACGAUACCCGGCCAGCAUUAUCACUUCUUUCCGCCGGUGCGGAGGCGUACUACUCUCCAGUCUCCUCUUUGGUUGGCAUGUCAACAGGUCUGCGAUUCAGCACUCUUCCAGCGGCGAGUCAAUUGCCAUUAUCCUCGUCCUCGUCUACCAGCAAUCCCACCCCAAUAUCCACAUUUCCUUAUACCUUAACGCUCACUCUUACUCCUAUCACCGGCUCCCUAUCCACCACAUACUCCCUUCGUGCGUCCCCGAAUCUUGCAUUCAGCUCUCGCUUUGGCUUCAACGUAUACAGCUGGGAGAGUGAGAUGGUGGCUGGUUGCGAACUUUGGCGAAGAUCCGCGAAAUCAGCGACAUCUGCCGAUGACGGCCUUGAAUGGGCCCGACACAAGAUGCGCCUGCAUGAUUUCUCCGCCUCGCUCCCGGGUUCCCCACCGUCCCCUCCACUCGCCUCCGACCCGGUUCAACCCGAUUCCGUCGUCAAGGCAGACGAUGGCAAUGAAAUUGAGGCCAACGACUCGGUCAUUAAGAUCCGUAUUGACCAGUCUUGGAACGUACGCCUGCUCUGGGAAGGCCGGGUCAAGGAGUUGCUGGUGAGUGCUGGUGUCGGGCUGGGCCCGGGUUCAUUCUCGUUGACUCCGAGCGUCUCCUCCGCGUCCUCGGGGAGUGGAUCAACGCAAAGUGGAGGCGGCAGUCCUGGGGCAUCAUACUGGCGCGGGGUUGGGGUGUCCGUGAUGUACUCAUCGUGA